UGGACUUUCUCGAACGUUCACGCUCUUACCUUCCUGCUCCUCCUCCCUCUCCCUCCUUCCUUCCUCCUCUCCUCCCUCCGUAGCCAUUUUGGCUCAAGGUGUUUUGGACUGCUCCAGGAGCAGCGCACCUCGCGCCGCCGGGCAGCUGCCAUGCGCGCCGGCCGCCUCGCCUCGCCCCUGGCGCUGCUGCCAGGCGAGCCGCGGGCCAGCCGCGCGACACGAGCCCUUCCCGCGGGCUCGCGAGCGGCGCACGCAGGCGCGUGAGGAGCUGCAGGAGGCUACGAGGGUUGCCCGAUGGCGUGGCGGCCCGUGCGAGGCUGCCCGAUGGCGUGGCGGCCCUCCUGGCAGCGCCAGGCUGACAUUCGAUUGCUGGGCCCGUCGGCAGCCCGCCGCCUCGCCCGCCGCCGCCGCCGCGACGCGCUCGACGCUUGGCUGCGCGGCACGGGCACCUGGCAGCGCGGCGCCGGCUGGCAGUACGGCGGCGACUGGCACUGCGGCGGCGACUGGCAUCACGGCGACGUGGGCGUCAAGCUCCAGCAGCUCGCCGAGGCGGUCCGCAGGAUCGAGGAUGCCCUGGUGCGCGGCGAGGCGCAUCCCGACGCCAAGAGCGGGCCGACGCGCCGCGAGGCGUCUCCCGCUGCUGGCAUGAACGCCGAGGCGAAGUGGUGCGAGCCGCGGACGGGCCAGGCCGCCGUCGGCAUGAGGGCCGAGGCGCCCAUGUACGUGCCGCUCCCCGCGACGGCGGGAGUCCCUGUACCCGCGCAGGCCUUGAAGGGCGCUGCGGCGACGGCGGCCACUUGGUGUUGGAUGCCAGAGGCGCUGCCGCCCCCAGCUUCCGCAGCGCCAGUAUGGUGGCCUCAGCCGUCGCCUGCUGCCUCGGAGGCUCCGUCCGAGCUGCAGGUUCGUGGAGUUCCUGGUGCUGGACCCGUACCUGCUCGUGGUGUUCUCGUACCCGACCGUGCUGGUCAUGCUGGUGUGCCGGAGCUGGGGGCUUCGGCUGCGGGCGGGGCCCGUGCCCGUGAUCGUGCUCAUGAUGCUGCUGCUGAGCCACUGGCGGCUCGCAGGCCGGAGCCGCCGCCGCCGCCAACCGGACCUCCGCCGUUUUCGCCGAGGUUGAUGUCAUCGUCUUCGGCCCUGCUACGGCCUCCACGAGAUCUGCCGCCGCCACCAGCAGCCGACGCUCGUGCGGACCAUCGUGGAGAUUGCAGGUACGUGCUACCCGCUGCUGCUGCUGCAGCUGGAGCUCCUGGUGGUGUUGGCCACGCCUCUCGUGAUCGUGCGCUCCGCCCUGUGACGCGUCUGCCUGCUGGUGCUUUCGGCGCUGGUGCUGCCGAAGCCAGUGGUCAUGGGCUUCCGCUGGCCGGGCAGGGGCAGGCCACAGCCGCAGUCGUGGCUUUCGAGGCCCAUUGCAAGGCGUCCACACGCCGUGCUGCGUGGGCCAGGCGUCGCCCGACCGCUGUGCGCCAGGCCGAGGCCGACAGCCUGGCCGUGCCCGCGCCACAGGCAGCGACCGAGCGAGAGGCAGCCGAGCGCGCCGCAGAGGCCCUCGACGAGGUGGUCCCCGUCCCUGCUGCUGCUUCGGCGCGGCAUCCGGAGGCUGAGCGCGUGGCCGUGCCGGACACCCUGGGACAGUCCGUUGGCUCCCGCGCGGCACGCGAUGACCAGAGGAGCCGGAGGAUCGGUGACGCUGUCGCUGCUCAAGGCGGCAUCGAAGCCGCCAGAGCCGCCAUGGUUGCCGCAUAUGCGGCCAUCGGCAUCCAUAUGUAGUAUCAUAGAAGUGGGAUCAUGAAUGCAUGUCAGCGCUCAGGUAUGAUGUCCCGGCGUAGGCUCGGCACAGCCUCUGACGACGGCGCGUAGAUAAUCGUGUUCCUGUGUAUCUCUAUGCAUCUCUUUGUGUGUCGCGAGGGUGCGAAGAUGCCUCAGCCUGCACACUGUCCGCGUGGUAACUCCCGCUGUGGUGCCUCCACGCGGUCUUAAUGUUAUAUCCAGCUUCAUGCGAAGCAGUGAUGAGGAUGAGAGGAGGGUAGGAUCAGGAUUCGGGGGGGUGAUGGGAUGGUGGAUUCUGCUCCGGCUGGUACCUGGGCCGUGCUGCCACGGCCCAGACGUGCCUAGGCGCCGACGCCUGGCCUUAGCAGUUGUCGCCGCCCCUCCCUCCCGCUGUUAGCGCGAAGGUAAUCGAUUUUGCUUGCCUGCGCCGUCGUCGUUUGUCCGUGUCGCGAGGGUGCGAAGUUCCUUUCCACGCUCAGGUACGAGAUGUCACGACAUCACGAGAGCAAAGCAGGUCGGUCUGUGUCCCAGCCUUCGCUCAGCUCCGUGAUACGAGAGCAGGAGGAGUUCGGUCUGUGUCCCAGCCCUCUUUCUCCCUCUCACAUACAUUCCCUCCCUCCCUCCCUCCUUCCCCCCUUCCGCUCAGCCGAGUGCCCUGGACGAGGCACAGCACGUCAUAUUUGUCGCCGCCUUUAGCGUUCGCGCACGUGCAGAGAACGGCCCGCGGGUGCAUCCGUGAACGUGCUGGCUGUGCUGGUUCCGUGCCGCAUGGCAUCCUCGGGUGUUGGCCUUUCAAGGCCCUCGUUCGCAAUGCGUUCCCUCGAGGUGUGUCAGCAGGCACGUCACCUCGCCUUGGCCUCGCUCCUUGUGCAGAAGAUCAGUCAACUGUCAGUGCUGUAGUCGCCCAUGUCUAUGCGCAUCGUCUGGCUGCGCAAUUCGGUAGUUGUCGUGCUCGGGCUUCGACGAUCUGAGCUGCUAUGCGGCUGCCUCUUCAGGGUCCUCAUAUAGAGCUCUUGGCCCAGAGGUGAGGCAUGGCGCAUUGGCUGCUGGCUGAACCCCGUUGGGCGCGGUCGACUCUCUCCUCCUCCUCCUCCUCCUCCUCCUC